AUGACCUUCCCUUCCCCUUCUCACUCCGCCCAAUCCUCGAUUGCUUCUGGCACCGAUAAGCCGUCUACUGCUCGAUCUUCAAGGCUUCAGCCGUCAGCUUGGGGCGGUUCCUCAUCCCAAGCAUCCGUUCGUCGCCCUCUGACCCUUGCGACAUCCAACCUAUCUUCGUCCACUGGUACCUCUUCUCCGUCUCGCCGGACGCCCGCGACAGGUGCAGCUGCAUCUCCGUCCCACAGUAGCAACCCAACGCCUGCCUCCGGGCCUGCCACGUCUCCAUUGGCCUCGACCUUCUCCGCCAUUCUGAGCUCGACCUCUCGUCUUCCGGCUGCGCGUGGAAACCCUUCACCAGCUCCAACGCCAUCCCCCUUUGCUUCUUCUUUCCAAGCUGGCGCACAGCACCCUACGCAGCAACAAUCAAUUACAUCUCCAAAGUCAACUACUACACUUCCCCCUUCAACAGUCUCGCACCUGGCGACCCCAACGGCUUCCGCACCAGGAGGAGGAGGAGGUAGUGGUGGGGGUGGAGGAGGCGGAGGCGGUGGUACUGCCGUGUCAAGGGGCGCCACGUUCUCUCCUCUGUUGACCGGCACAGCCGUCGGCUCUCCUACUGGAUUUCCGUCCGAUAAACCCUCUUCCGCGAACUUGUCAUCGAGUGGUGGCGCGGCCUCGAGUCAAUCGUCACUCUCUAAGAUCUCAGUUGUUCAGGUUUUCCUCUUAUUAGACUCGAUCAACGAAAAAGAAGGAAAGGAGAAGUGGGAAACUAAAGCCGCACAGAUUCAUAGGCUUGUAAAUUCGAACGGCAUGGAAGUGUUUUCAAAAUACUUCCGCCGUUUGCUGUCAGGCAAUGCUGGCCAAAUCUUCUCUGGCGCCAACAAAAAUGUUGAUAAUUCCGGGAAUUACCCCUUACUCGUCCAGGAAAUGCAGAAGGUGGCUCUUGACCCUGACCAGAGUCGAAAGAUAGCGGAGACGAUCGAUACCUCUGAAGGUGAUAUCUUCAGAGACUUUGAUCUUUCCACCUUCCUAGACCACUUUAAACUUGACCCUAUACUCAAAACCGCUCUCACCCUCGCUUUCAAAAACGUCACUAAAUCUGACCUCCGUACCAAAGCCGACGCAAUAUUAUCAGCGUCACUCCCUCAGUUCCUUCAAAGCCUCUCUACUGUUUCCGAAACCAAUAAAGACUCCACGCCGUCCUUUAUUGCUUUUACCAUCGAACGACUUAUCUUUAAUCCACCACGUAAUUUUAACGAGGACAUGAAGAGGAAACUUGUGUAUGAUGUUCGCAUACGAUACCAGAACACUGAUGCCGAAAUCCCGAUUGAGAUAGAUUCUGCUCUGCAGAUGUUUUCGCUUGCAGAUCCCCGCCUGUCACUAGUCCGCCAGAUCCAGGCUCGUGGCCCUCAGUCCUUAGCAGACCCUGACACCAUGCUGGACACCAUUAAGGCAGCUGGUCCUGACGCGUUCAGUGGGGAACAAAUUGGCAAUGCAAUUCUUUUUAUUGUCCUGUCUCAAUCCUGGCAACAGUAUCCCCUCGACCUUUUAGUCUCAACUCUUCUGAAGCAACACGCAUCACAACCGAUAAAUUGGUCUGAGGCUGUACGACAAUUUGACAAGGAUGGACUUCGCGUCGAUACUUUUCAGUUCACGAGAAUAUUCAAUGCCUUUCUUCCUGUUGCUCAGGAGGACAAUAUGCUAGACCUCCAGUUGCUUUGGGGAGGUGACUGGAACUACAAAAACGCCCAGUUCUCUUUUCUGACCGCCUUUCUCACUGCCGGAAUAGACACGCCUGGCAUCGAUACAUCCCAAAUCCCUAACUUCCGCUCCGCCUUUAACCCCGAAAUCUUUGAUGAUGCCUCUGAGACAGUCAAACAACAGGCAGAACAAACCAAAAAUAAUCCUCUACGCUCCCUUGACGCAACGAAGGCUAUUUUUGACCUAAUCCUUGUCUCUCCCGCCACUUGGGCCCUCCCGGAGAGUCAAAACUUCGUCAAGACCAUCCUCCAACACGACCUUCCCACAUUCCUCUGCUCCGCUUUUGCCGUUCCCCAACCGUGGACCAAUGUUCAACAUAAUUUCCUCGUUCGGUCUUUCAUGAUAUUUAUUUUGAAGCGCCAGGAUGGAUAUCAGUUUGCUCUUCAUGGAGUCUGGAAGCUCAACCAGCAGUGGGUUGGAGAGCAACUAUUCCACGCCUUCACUCAAGAUCCUUCUUGUACCGACCUCAUUUAUGAGCAUGCUGUUGAACAUGGCUGGCUUGACUAUUUACUGGACUUUACUAACGGCCUUGCUAUGGAUCUUGCCUCUUUAGCUCAUCAGAAAGGCACAUUUGACCUGGAACAUUGGGUUAAGGGAACAGCAGGGAAAACACCUGUCGAUAUGGGCGGUUUGCUUGCUAAGUUUCUGAGAAUCAAGGCUGAAGAUGAAUUGAGAGUACAGCGAGGAGAACAGCCGGCUCCGCAAAUGGUUAGCUUAUCAGUAAAGACGGUGUUUGCUCUCCUAAUGAUCCUGGAAGACUAUAUCACUGACCACGAAAAUCUUACCCCCAUCCAACGGAUCUGUCUCCAAACCUAUCCAAGGCUCAUUAACUACGGUGAAGGUUUUGAUGAUGUAAUCGAAGCUAACAGUGCUCGAGGCAAUGCCAUCCCUGAGGAGGUAGACAAGAAGAUGCGUGAUCUCUUUGGGAAGAUGUACCAUGAAGAACUCUCUCUUCGAGAAAUCCUUGAACUGAUGAGACGGUACAAAUCCUCUCGUGAGCCUUCCGAGCAAGAUCUCUUUACAUGCAUGGUCCACGGUCUCAUUGAUGAAUACCAUUGUUACCAUGAGUACCCGCUUGAGGCCCUCACGAAAACCGCCGUUAUGUUUGGUGGCAUUAUCAACUUCAAGCUGAUUUCAGGUAUUCCCCUAAAGGUCGGCCUUGGAAUGAUUUUAGACGCUGUACGCGAGCACGAACCCCACGAGUCUCUUUAUAAGUUCGGCGUUGAAGCCAUCGAACAGUUAAUCGGUCGUCUUCCAGAGUGGGUUGGAUUCUGCAGCCUUCUCCUUCAAAUCCCCAGCCUUCACGGAUCAAGCAUUCACCGGAAAGCUGAGGAAGUACUCCGUGAACAGGGCCAUCAUCCAAUCAAUGGCGUUGAUGGAACUGAAGUCAACGGUGUGACCGACGGGCUGUCACUUGCUAAUGGUAGUAUUAACGAAUUGGUGAACGAAGGAGCGCCUCGCAAAUUUCAGUCCCUACAUGUAGACCCACCACUUCGACCGGAUAUUUAUAAAGAACCUGACGAAGACACUCACGACAAAAUCCUUUUUAUUCUCAAUAACGUCUCAGAGCAAAACAUAAAGUCAAAGCUUCAAGAUCUUCGAGAAAGUUUAAAGGAUGAGCACCACCAAUGGUUUGCUUCUUAUCUUGUUGAAGAGCGAGCGAAACUACAACCUAACUUUCAACAACUGUACCUGGACCUUUUGGAGCUUAUUGAUGACAAGACAUUAUGGGCAGAAGUGCUUAGGGAGACAUACGUCAGCGCUAUCAGGCUACUCAAUGCAGAAUCCACAAUGAAUUCUACCCUUGACCGUACUCACCUUAAGAACCUCGGUGGUUGGCUAGGCUCUCUGACUAUUGCGAAAGACAAACCCAUCAAACAUAAAAAUAUCUAUUUCAAGGAGCUACUUAUUGAAGCUUUCGACAGCCAACGCCUUACAGUAGCCAUUCCAUUUACCUGCAAAGUCUUGAGCCAAGCAAUGAAGUCUUCAAUAUUCAAGCCUCCAAACCCGUGGCUGAUGGACAUUAUCGCCUUACUUAUUGAAAUCUACCACUUUGCGGAGCUGAAGAUGAUUCUCAAAUUUGAAAUCGAAGUCCUUUGUGGGGAUUUGGAGCUUGACCACAAGACAAUUGAGCCCUCAACAUGCAUUAGAGAACGCCCUGCGCAACUACAUGAAGGACUACCGGUUACUUGCCUCCCUGAAGGGUUGGAGGCAUUCGAUGAGAUGUCCCUCACUGGUAUGAGCCGUGGCAUUAGAACGGAACGGAUCUCCCCUUCUUCCAUUAUUUCAAGCCUGCCUAAGCUCGACCAAAUUCUUGUAUUCCCACCAUCUGCGGACCCCAACACUCUGAAACAAAUUGUCCAUGGUGCCGUCGAACGCGCAAUUGCUGAGAUUAUUGCGCCAGUCGUUGAGCGUUCUAUCACUAUUGCCUCAAUUUCAGCAGCUCAGUUGAUCCUAAAGGACUUUGCUAUGGAACCAGAUGAAGAAAAAGUUCGCCAAGCAGCCGGGACUAUGGUUCGUGCCCUUGCUGGUAGCCUCGCACUGGUUACUUGCAAGGAGCCCCUGAAAAUGAGCAUGACGAACUAUAUUCGUAUGAUCCAGCAAGAGUAUUCCGAUCAACCCAUGCCUGAAGGCCUCAUCCUCAUGUGCGUGAACGACAACCUCGAUGCUGCUUGCGGUAUCGUUGAAAAGGCAGCUGAGGAGAAAUCCCUCCCUGAAAUCGAGAAAGUAAUUGAGUCACAGCUUGAGGCUCGUAGACGCCAUCGUAUCGCGCGACCCAAUGAAGCAUUCAUUGAUCCUUCCAUGAGCCGUUGGGCUUUGUUUAUUCCGGAACCGUACAGACAAGUCCCUGGAGGGCUCAAUAAAGAACAGCUGGCCAUAUACGAAGAGUUUGCUCGCCAAUCGCGUGGAACAGGCCAGUCACACAUCCAGCAUGCAUCAACAGACUCGGGUAAACAACAAAUUCCUGAUGUUCUACAAGAGGCUUUCCCAGGCAUGCCUAACAUGGCCGCUCCGGCUGACCAAUCCACAAUCUCCCACCCUGCUAGCCGAGGCCCGCAAGAUGCCGAUGUACAGCAACAGGCGCUUUCGGGUGCUCAGCCACAAAUCAACGGCUUUUUAGAGGCAUCUACUCCGCGCGAGAAGAUUGAAGCGCUUGUCACAGACCUUCAACAGACUACGCGAUCUGAGAAGGAUGAACACAUUAAAGAUAUUGGGCGUGAGAGCCCCAUCCUCCACUCGUACAAUCAGGUUCUUCGAGCUAUUCUGUCAUCUCCAAACGGCGAAGAUUUGGCAAGGUUGGCUGCUAUUAAAAUCUGCAAUGCCCUUUACACGCAAACCGAAAAAGUUUUGGAGAUUGAAGUUCUCGUCCAUCUAUUAACGAAAAUUUGUGAACUUUCGUCGCUUGUGGCAAGAUAUGUCUGGGCUGUCCUCGCUGAGGUUGACGAUGGACAAAUGUUUAAUGUUCCCGUUACCGUUGCUCUCAUCGACGCCGGGUUAAUGGAUCUUCAUCGAAUUGACAUGGUGCUCGCCAAAUUGAUAAAGGACAAGAACCUCAGCGCACUAGAGUUAUUAUCUGCAUUAAUGAACCGUGUACUGUUGAAUGAUGAACCAUCGGCCUUACGAUCUGACUUUUCAGGUAGUUUGGAUGCAUUAAAUCAAUGGGUCAUGGAAGAACCAGAGCUCUCUCCUGCUCGUGACAUCAUCCAGACACUUCGAGAGUCAGGCAUCCCGGAAGCGGCAAACACUCUCUUAACUGAUCUAGCUCGGUCUAAGAGAGACCAGAUGGAGUAUAUCUUUAGUGAGUGGAUUGGAGUAUACAAAUUCCCUGGAUCCAACGACAGAAUGUACAGUGCCUUUUUGAAGGACAUGCACCACAGACAGGUCAUGAAUACACAGGAAGAUUCGGCUCUGUUUUUCCGGCUUAGCAUUGAUAUAUCAGUUGCCAUGUUCGAACAUGAAUAUCAAAAUGUUAGCGGAAACAUCGACGAGGCAUUCUUAUAUAUUGAUGCGCUCGCCAAGUUGGUUGUAUUGUUGGUGAAAUUCCAAGGUGACGCCGAUGGUGCUGUUAAAGCCAACAAGUCGGCCUAUUUGAACUCUAUCCUCUCUCUAUUGGUUCUGGUUCUCAAUCAUCACCAAGUUAUGCGAGGUGAUAGCUUCAACCAGCGAGUGUUUUUCAGGCUAUUCUCAAGUAUUCUUUGCGAGUAUGCCGGCAGUGGUCUCCCACAGACAGACCAGCACAAAGGCAUGAUGCUAGCUUUUGCAGACAAAUUUUCGUCACUUCAACCUAAGCACGUACCGGGUUUCAUUUACGGAUGGUUGUCUUUGAUCUCCCACCGCGUGUUCAUGGCUGAAAUGCUUACCAUGGAUGACCAGAUGGGCUGGGAACCGUUCUGUGAAAUAAUGCAAGUGCUGCUAUCAUAUAUUGGUGAACAGCUCAAAUCAGCAUCUGUUACCUAUGUGGCCAAGGACAUCUAUAAAGGAGUACUCCGAAUUCUUCUAAUUUUGCACCACGAUUUCCCCGAAUUUGUUGCAGAGAAUCAUUUCCAAUUCUGCACUGUCAUACCCACUCAUUGCAGCCAACUCCGAAACCUCGUGUUGAGUGCUUAUCCUUCGUCGUUCCAAAAGCUGCCUGAUCCUUUCCGCGACGGCUUGAAGAUCGACCGGUUGGAGGAGAUGAGUAAAGCUCCAAAGAUCACUGCAGAUAUUAUCACGCCUCUCCAGGAUGCAAUGAUCAAAACACCAGUGGAUAAUGCUCUACGAAACUUUAAUGUCGCCGAUGCUGCUAUUCAACAGAUUUCAGAGACCAUUUAUAAUCCUCCAGCACGAGAGACCGGGUUAUUUUUCAGCCCAAUCAAUGUCAAUACGGUUCUUCUAGAGGCACUUGUUCUGUACGUUGGUCAGAGUGCAGUCUCCUCAUCUACCCAGAAGACUGGUACCGCUUCUUUCAGCAACUCUCCCGCCCUAGGGUUCCUGGAAAAAUUGGUGAACACGCUACGCCCGGAAGCUCGAUACUAUCUACUCAGCGCCAUUGUAAAUCAACUGAGAUACCCAAACAGCCACACUCAUUUCUUCAGCUUCGCUAUCCUACAUAUAUUUGGCUCGGAAACGGCAGCUCAGCAUGAAACACAUAUUCGUGAACAGAUCAUCCGGGUAUUGCUUGAGCGGCUGAUUGUCCACCGACCUCACCCUUGGGGUUUAAUUAUUACUCUCCAAGAACUAUUGCAGAAUGGCAAUUAUUCAUUUUUCCGCUUACCUUUUAUUCAAGCAGCGCCCGAGAUUGGACGUCUUUUUGAUGCUCUUCUGCAGCAUAUUCAGCAACAAAGCCCACGUACCCUGAGCUAA